AUGCCGUCCAUUGGAAUCCGGAAGCAUCUCUGCUGUCAUCCAAACAAACAAAAUGGGCUGAUUUUGGAGAAUGUCAUCAAGAGGCAAAGUCCUCUGUUUGCAAAGCUGUUCAAGUCUAGAAAAAAAGUGACUGGUAGAAAUUGACUGUGUUCGGUUAAGUUUUUGUCAAAUCAACCAUGGCGGAUCGGGAGGAAGAGGAAGAGGAAGAGGAGCAGGAGCUGACAGUCGGUGAUGCACCCAAGGAGGUGGACGUGUUUACAUCGGUGCGUUGCCUGGGUUACCUGUCCAGCGUCAACCUCCUCGUGGCGGUAUGCGUUGGCAUGUACGUACGCUGGGAGGUGACGAGCGAACCGAUGAUCCUGGUCAUCUUCAUCCUGGGCCUCUUUGUCCUGGGGAUAGCCAGCAUCCUCCAUUACUACUUCGCCAUGGAGAAAGCCAGCCUCAGCUUGUUCCAUCUGUGGUUUGGCUUUUUGCUCGGCCUUCUGUGCUUCCUCAACAGCCAUGCCUUGAAUUCAAAUGUCAAGGAGCUGGUCGCCAACUAUCUCCUGUUAGCCAGUGUGGUCAUGAAAGCCGUGUGGGCUUUAACCGAGCGAAUAUGCAGCUCCGUCCGUUACAAACCCACCUUGCUAACAUCAGCUGAGUUUCUGGAGCUCCUGGGAUUCGGCAUCGCCAGCACUGCCAUGCUUCUUCACAAGUCAGUGGCCAUAAUAGGCUUGGUGGUGGCCCUCGGGUCUCUCAUUGUGGAUCUGAGGAUGAAAUCCCUGCUGGCUUUGCCUAACCUGGCCAGUUUCGCCUUGGUUACCUCUCUGGUGUUUUUCCAGGCCUUAAUCAUCGCAGCCAACCCGUACGCUUUAGGCUGCUACAUGGGCAGGCUGCUGUGCGAGCCCGUGCUGGACGUGUACUUCAGCGGGCUUGGGCCCAGCCAGCGCUGGAUGCCGGUGCUCUCCCUGGGGAGGGUGUGGAGGAUGCUGUCCCUGCUGCCUCUGAGUCUGAUUGAGUUGGCCUUCUUUGUCCUGGCUGCCUUAAAGCUGGGCCACUUGGAGCUCUGGUAUCUGGUGAUCCCGGGCUUCUGCGUGUUUGGCCUUUUCUGGUCCAUCUGCCACAUAAUUCUGCUGAUGACGAUAUGGGGCUUCCACACCAAAAUAACUGAGUGUCAGAAGGCCUGGCGGGCCCAGCGAUCCAGUAGCCAUAAUACUAGUAGCCGAAGUCUCGACCAAGUCAUGGCCUCCAGGGGCAUCCGACACUUCUGCCUCAUUUCAGAGCGGCUGGUGUUCUUCAGUAUUCUGUCAACGGUCAUACUGGGAGCUGUGUCCUGGCAGCCCUCCAACGGCCUCUUUCUCAGCGCUCUGCUGGUGGUGCUGCCUCUGGAGUCUCUGACCCACGGCUUGUUCCACGAGCUGGGCAGCUGCCUGGGGGGAACAUGUGUCGGCUACGCCCUGGUCAUACCUACUGCUUACUGCAGCGCUGAUGGCCAGCCCACUCUCCUACCACCUGAGCAGGUACAGCAGCUGAACACGCGCUCAACAGGUAUGCUGAACAACGUGCAGCGCCUCUUCUCCCACCACAUGAUCCAGACGUUUGGUUGCGACUACUCCACCAGUGGCGUUACGAUGGAGGCCGUGCAGACGAAGCUGCGCAACUUUCUGGAGCUUCGUACAGCAGACGGGCCCCGUCAUGACACCUAUCUGAUUUUCUACAGUGGGCACACGUACAAAAACAACGGGGCUUGGGCUCUGACCGGAGGUGAGAAGCUCCACCUGGCCCAGUUGCUGGAGUUGUGGAAGGAGAAGAACGCCGGCCACUUCUCCCGGCUCAUCCUCGUCUUGGAUACCGAAAACUCCCUCCCCUGGGUGAAGGAGAUACGCAAGGUGGAGGGCGUCUACGUCGCCGUGCAGGGGGCCGAGCUGUCCGCCACCAGGGUGGACCCAGAGGCCGGAGACACCCCCCUCCUCGGGGACUUCACCGCCGAAUGGGUGGAGUUCAACUGCAACCCGGACAGCGACACCCAGUGGUCGGAAAAGGGAAGGACCGUGACGGCCGCGUACGGCGUGUCCAAACGCUGGAGCGACUACACGCUUCACCUGCCCACUGGGAGCGACGUGGCCAAGCAUUGGAAGACUCACUUUCCCAAGGUUACGUAUCCCAUGGUGCACCUGUCCAACUGGUGCUGUGGCCUCAACCUGUUCUGGCUGUGCAGCGUGUGCCUGCGCUGCUUCAGGAGGUGUAAACUGGCCUGGUUCCCACCAGCUGUACUGGACACUGGGCAGGGAAUUAAACUGGUGCACUCUUAGAUAAUGAAAGGAAGUUGAAGUGUACAUUUAGACUCUGUUUUUUAACCGCUGGGUACGAGGUGUUUAUAGAAAGGAAAAAUAAUACUUGUGUACCUACAAUAUUUUAUACGCAAACAUGCACACAGGUUAUACCCCAUAAAAAACAAAAAGUAAAAUGUGGCCUUCUGAAAGAAAGGUUGUUCAACUCCUCCCAAAUUUGUUUUCGCAUUAUAUUUAAAGGGCGGGUCCAUUAUUUCAUCAUCAUUCUGUAGCUUUGCAAUGGUGUUCCUUAUGUAUUCAAAUCUGAACAUUCAAAUUUUGGUCAAAGUAUAUAUGUUUUAGCGUCAAAAUGCUAUUU